AUGGAGCCACCGGAGCAACAUCGCCAUCACCACCAUACAAACUUCUGGUUCAUCAAACUCUUAUCCCUACAAUCAGACUUCCUAUCCGAUUGUCUUCUCUCUCUCUUAUCCCCUUUCCGUUCUAUCUUCUCCCUCGCCUCCACCUUCCGCCGCAUCGACUCCACCAAAGAACCCAUCGACGCCCCAUCCAGCCCUGUGCAAGGAAGCAUUAUCCUUUUGAAAAAAGCACUGUUGGGUUUUCUCGGAGCUGCUUACGUCUGCUGGGUUCUAAUUACAGUGAUGGUGGUCUCGGUAGUUGUGGGGGUGGCUCUGGUUAACUUAUGGGUGGAAGAACCUGUUUACAUCAAAGAGAACUUGUACUUUGACUACACAGACGAUCAUCCUUAUGCAAUUUUGGAUCUUGGGUUUGAUGCACCUAGUAAAGCAGUGAAGAAUAUACCCGUUGGUCACUUCUGUAACGUUCGUUUGACUUUCGUGAUGCCGGAAUCGGAUUAUAAUCGAGAAAUCGGAAAUUUUCAGGCAUCCAUCAUCGAUAACACUUCUGUUUCCAUAAAAUUUUCUAUUCCAGAUUCUAAUUAG